CCUCCUCCUCCUCCCCCCUCGGCUGCUCCAGUCUGGCAGCCAGGCGGCCGCUGCCUCCGGCCGGAGCCGCCGCACUUGGGAAGCGACUCCCGGCCCCGGCGCUGCCGCCGGGAUGGGGAGGCUGCCGGCGGCUCCCGGAUUGCUGCUGCUGCUGCUGCUGCUGCUGGCGGGCACGGCGGGGCUCUGCCGGGCGCUCUUCUCCCUCCCGCUCCGCGUGUCCCGCCCCGCCGCCCCCGCCGCCCCGGUGGUGCUGCGGCCGGCGGGCGGCAGCCGGCAGCAGGAUGCCCCCGGGGCUGCGGACGGCUUGGCCCUGGCCUCGGAUCCUGGCGGCACGCUCAACUUUUUAGCCAUGGUGGAGAACCUCCAGGGAGACUCCGGCCGCGGCUACUACCUGGAGAUGCUGAUCGGGACCCCGCCGCAGGCGUUAAAUAUUCUGGUUGACACUGGGAGCAGCAAUUUUGCUGUAGCAGGUGUGCCUGAUCCUGAUGUCACAUCCUACUUCAAUCCUGAGCUGUCAAGCACAUACAGGUCCCAAGGCAUUGAGGUGACAGUGAAGUACAGCCAAGGCAGCUGGACUGGAGUUCUGGGCACAGAUGUCAUCACCAUGCCCAAAGGACUCUAUGGCAGCUACACCAUCAACAUUGCCACCAUCCUGGAGUCAGAGAACUUCUUCCUGCCAGGGGUUAAGUGGCACGGGAUCCUGGGUCUUGCCUACGAUGCCUUAGCCAAGCCUUCCAGUUCUGUGGAGACAUUCUUUGAUUCCCUCGUGAGGCAGGCAAAGAUCCCCAACAUUUUCUCCCUGCAGAUGUGUGGUGCUGGACUCCCUGUUUCUGGAAGUGGUACCAACGGAGGUAGUCUUGUGCUGGGUGGGAUUGAGCCGAGCCUGUACACGGGGGAUAUCUGGUACACACCCAUCAAGGAGGAGUGGUACUACCAGGUGGAAAUCCUCAAGCUGGAGGUGGGGGGACAGAACCUCCAGCUGGACUGCAGAGAGUACAAUGCUGAUAAAGCCAUAGUAGACAGUGGAACCACUCUCCUUCGACUGCCAGAGAAAGUCUUCAGUGCUGUGGUGCAGGCAAUAGCUCGCACGUCCCUGAUACAAGAAUUCUCUUCUGAAUUCUGGACUGGUACACAGCUUGCAUGCUGGGAUAGAACUGAAAAACCUUGGUCCUUAUUUCCCAAACUCUCCAUUUACCUGAGGGAUGAAAACUCCAGUAGGUCGUUUCGGAUCUCUAUCCUACCACAGCUUUACAUUCAGCCCAUCCUUGUGAUAGGAGAUAAUUUGCAGUGCUACCGAUUCGGCAUCUCCUCCUCCACAAACGCUCUGGUCAUUGGUGCUACAGUCAUGGAAGGGUUUUAUGUCAUCUUUGACAGAGCCCAGAGGAGAGUGGGCUUUGCAGUGAGUCCCUGUGCAGAAGCGGACGGCUCGCCCGUCUCUGAGAUCGAGGGCCCUUUCACCACGGCAGACGUGGCCAGCAACUGCGUCUCCAGCGUCUCCUUCCACGAGCCCGUGCUCUGGAUCGCCUCCUACGCCCUGAUGAGCCUGUGUGGGAUCAUCCUGCUGGUGCUGAUGGUGCUGCUGCUCAUCCCGCCGCGCUGCCAGCACCGCUACACGGACAACGACGUGGUCAACGACGAGUCCUCCCUCGUGCGCCACCGCUGGAAAUGAGAGGCUGGAUCCCAAAAACAGACUUAAAAACGGGACCAAGGACAAAGAGCUCUGCCCAGGGGAAGAAGCCAAUGCCUCCUCAGUCCCUUCUACGUUCCUCCAAAACGCUGUUGAAAAUCCCACCAAAUACCCUGCAUCGUGACUUUUAUAGCUUUAUUUUCUAACACCGGUUCUGAACCAAAGCACUGUUAACCACCUCUGAAGUGCUACGGUACUGGAUUUGCUACUGCAGUACAGUGAGCCUUUAUGCUCUCUACAGUACCUUCUUUAAAAAAAAAAAAAAAGAAAACAAGUUUAUAAAAAAAGAUAAAAAACCACGCCGUGAUGUUCUUCCACUGUCUGAACAAAAUUGUCCAUCUCUCUUUCACAAAAAAAAAAAAGGAGCUGUCAGUAUUUUCUAACUAAUCGAGCCCUGACUGUAGAAAAAGAGAAAAAAUAAUAAUCUUUCUUAUUAAUUGCAUUAAAUGAAUACUGCUUUCUGUUUA